GGUGGCGGAACCGGGGGCGGCGGCGAUUCCGAGGGCGAAGUGACCGGCGCGCUGAGCGCCGCCUUCAGCGGUCCCAAGAUCGCCUUCUACGUGGGUCUUAAGAGCCCCCACGAAGGCUACGAGGUGCUCAAGUUCGACGACGUGGUCACCAAUCUCGGCAAUCACUACGACCCCACUACGGGCAAGUUCAGCUGCCAGGUGCGUGGCAUCUACUUCUUCACCUACCACAUCCUCAUGCGCGGCGGCGACGGCACCAGCAUGUGGGCGGACCUCUGCAAGAACGGGCAGGUCCGGGCCAGCGCCAUUGCGCAGGACGCCGACCAGAACUACGACUAUGCCAGCAACAGCGUGGUGCUGCACCUUGAUUCAGGGGAUGAGGUGUACGUGAAGCUGGACGGCGGGAAGGCGCACGGAGGCAAUAACAACAAAUACAGCACGUUCUCGGGCUUUCUUCUGUACCCGGAUUAGAGGCGCAGGGAGCGCGAGGUGGGGCCUCUAGGCCGCCCUAGGCCCACGGGGGCGCUCUGCUCUUUGUGGAGGACCGCUCUUGCUUCCUGACACUUCAUGACACUUCCUGACAUCGUUGGAAAAGACACAUCCUUGCUGUCCUUCCUGCCCCUCUCCCGACCUCAGUCGUGUCUGCCACUCGCCACGCUCUGGGCUGUGCUUCUGGCCCCUGUCCCCAACCCAGGAAGGGCGAGGGGGAUGCCCAAGUGGAGAAAUGGGUGUGAACCUGAACCCCAGCGAGGCAGCAGCACAGACUUGGCAAACUGAUUAGACUGGACAGGUGCGGCCGGGAUACCUGCCCUCUUCCUGUCCCCCUCCUCCUCCCAGUGUCCUGAGAUUCAGGGCUCCCAGCCCUGGCCACUGAUGUCGGCCAAAGUGAGCAAGAGCUCCCUGGCAUGUUGUUCUUUGUGACCUAAAAUACUUGGCAAAUGUCCCUGUCCAUCAGCCAAAAUCCCACCCUCAGCAGAAUCCCAGCAAACAGAAAAAUCACCUCCCCACCGCGGUCCCGCCUCAGAUCCACCACGAUGCAUUAAAUUAUGUUUUUAGACUCUGGGCUUCAAUGUCUGUAUCAGCGUGGCCCCAGGACCGGGCCUCCAGAUGUCCUCCUUGACCAUAAAUACCUAGAAUACCUCCAUCUAUGCCCGGCUGGCCAGCCUUUUCCCUGCCACCUGGGGUGGGUGAAAAGAUGUGGGGAGAUGUGACAGCAGCAUGUCACCCUGAUGGGGAGGGGGAGUCUCCACUGGGCAGAGCAGCAGCCCUGAACUGCAGGGGCCUAGAGGUGGGUGGGAGGGAGAGUUAGAGGGUGACAGGAGAGGGAGGUUUGGAUCUUCAGGCUACCAGCCUAGAAGGAGGUCAAAGGACAGGAGUUUCUGGAGAAGGAAAAGGAAGAGGAGGCGUUUCAGCAAAAUGAGAGGCAUGAAAGAGGCAUUAGCCAUCAGGUGAUCUCUGAGCUGUUUGCCCCUAAAAGGAAGUGUAGAAGUCCCCGAAGAAACACACCCACUCAGGCACAUAGUCCACUCUGUAUAUGUUAACACACCCCCCAGCUGGGUCCGUCCUCCGUUAAGGAGCUGGUAAACUGCUGGUAAACUGGGGCAAUUCUGUGGACCAUCCAGCUCCCUGAAGUCACCCAGAGCUGUGUGGUAAGUGAGAUAAGCUGUAUUCCUUGGGGUGGGACACCCCUUUUGGAGGGGUCUUCCCUUCCCGUGUACACAAGGAUGUGGGGCACCUGUCCUCAACCCACUGUGUUUAUUUGGUCUCCCCUUCCUCCCUGUCAUCAUUCCAAACACACAAGUUAGGCAAACACCCCACAUGCUGUUGAUUUUUUUCUUUUGACUAUUUUCUGUUCUGUUUUUAGAUCAUUGAGUUCCAGCAAACAGUAAGUUAUCUACAAAAUAACUGGUUAGCAACCUGUUAGUAUUUACAGAGCUCGUUUUGACCAGUUAUUGGAAGGGAAACGUGAGUGUGUACACAGAGGCGAUCUCAGAGUGUGCAUACCUGUUUAAAGCUAGAUACACACACACACACCCAUGUAGAUGUUAUGUUGUGGUUGUCAUCACUAAUCCAUGUUACACAUGUGCACACGUACAGUUAUUCAUAGACUCCUGUCAAUGUGGUGUGUGACAGUGUUCAUGGCUAUCUGUCUGCCCCCAAAUCGCACUGUGCUUAACUUCGAUUCCUGGAAGAUGCUGAAAGGUGUGUCCCUUUCAGACAAUUAUACCCCCUGCCUCGAGUCCUGACUCUGUUGCUGUUCCUCUUUCUGCUCUUAUUUUAUUUGAAUAAUGUUUUAUUGUCAUUCACUUGAAUAUUAGCAAUGAUUGCAUCUGCUUUGAGUCCAGGGAUAAAGUGCUCAAGAGAGCGAGAAGAAAAACAAAUAUAUAUAUAUAUACACAAACACAUACAUACACAAACCACCAUCCUUCCAAUUUCAGAUCCAAAUGAGCCCCA